AUCUGCGUGCAGAUGUUUCCGUGUUGUUUGUCUGCAACAAUAAUUCAAAAUGUUGCAUCAUUUUCCAUUUUGAUAACUAGUAACAUUAUGCAGGAUAUUUGGCGCGAAAAUCUCCACGCAAAGUUUACGCAGUAGCUCGUCACUCAGGGUUCAGUUUUUAAUGUAACCUCGCUGGACUAUAUUCUUUACGAUCCUGUGACACGAAGUGUGUGAGAGAUGGCUGAUGAGCUCGCCAGGGUGAGUAGAAGGUUUGUGGACAAAGUGUCCAGAGCACUGAUUAAGCAGCUCCUGGACUACCUUUUAGACGAUGGCAUUUUGAAUGAUGGCGAGAAAGACUCAAUAGACGAGGAGAACAGCGCCACGGCAGACAAGGCACGCUGUCUCAUUGACACAGUGAAGAAGAAAGGAGACGAAGCCAGCAGGAAGCUGAUUGCUCACCUGAAGAGCAGAGAUGCGACACUGUACUCUGAGCUGGGCCUGUCCUCGGAUCAACCUGUUUAGCCGCAGUGUCUCAAGAGAAGCGGAACUGGUCAUCCACACUAAUCCCUACUGCUGAUGCACCGUGCACAGAGGAAAUGAGGAAUGGAGAUACUCGUCAUUCAUUAUCAUGCAAUUUAUAAAGACGUUGUUUCUGUAUAAUAUAAAAAAAAAUACAGUUUUACUUCAGAAGAUUUCUAUUAAGACUCUUCUCAAUGCACGACAUGCAGUCAUGAACUUAUAAUCACUUGAUGUCUUAAUAUCUAUGGUAAUAUUAAUGCCCUUUAUAUACUUAUUUUUAGUAAAUAUAUGAUAAAAUGUGUGACUCAUUAUAAAAUGAUAUUUAACUGUGUGUGUGUGUUUUUUUUGUAAUUGACCGAAUUGUCACGUGACUAACGGAUUAUGGGACAUCUGGUGAAUUUUACGUCAUGAUUAUUUCAUUAAUAAAAAUGUUUUUGCAGCUUCUGAGAUUAUUAAUGUAUCCUGUACUGGGAGAAAUUAUAUCUGCUGAUUGUAAUACUUGCAGGGAAACUUAUGGGUUGUAGAUGCUACACGUACUGGUAAAAAAUAAACCAUAAAAUCCUUCAUAAA